AUGAACUCUUUCGGCUACUUCCCCAUCUGCGGUGGAACCGCUCUACCGGCUGCGCCGAUCCAGACGCGUCCUCCCGCACCCGCCGGGUGUUACCCGUUGUCGCCACCAGCGCCUCCCCCGCAGCACCCGCACGGGGGAGGGGGUCGACGCAACCGGCGUGGCGGCGGUCGCCGCCGCCUGCAGCAGCAGUGGGCCCAGGACGCCGGGGGGGCGUCGCACUAUCAGCAGGCUUUCCCCGCUGGCCACCAGGCGUUCAUCAGCGCGCCCUUCCAGCCGACUGGCGCCGGCUACGGCGCCCUCCUUGCGCCGCCGCCCCUCGGUGGUUAUGGCCCGCCCGUCCCGGCGCCGUCCUACAGGGGCUUUCCGUCGCCGCCGGUUCCUGUGCCAUGGGACCCCACCCUCCUCGCCGCCCAGCACUCCGCGCCGUCGCCGAGUAGCUCUGUCAUUGGAGGCGACUGGUACAUGGACUCAGGUGCUACUGCGCACAUGGCAGCUCAUCCCGGUUCCUCCGGCUUCGGCCCCUUCGGCGCCGGCCCCCGCGCCCCCUUCAUGGAGCGAUGCGCGGCGGCAGCCCCCGGCGGCCCCCCGGCACGGCGCCCUCUGCCGCCACCACCUGGCUUCGCGACUCCCUCCCCCGAGGUCGAGUCCGAGCGGGCCCCCGGGUCCCCGUCUCCCUCAUACGAGGUUGAGCCCGGCACCUCGGCCGACGCUGCUACCGUCGCGGCCCCCGCCGCCGCACCUGGUGCCGCCGCCGCGGCACCCGCCGGCCCUGCUGCCCCGCCACUUGGCAUGACUACCCGUGCCCGAGCAGGAGUGCUUCAGCCCAGCACGCGCUACUCCGCCGACGAGUAUGCGUGCGCCGCCUCGACGUCGACGCCAUCACCCGUCCCCACCUCCGCUUGCGCUGCCCUUCGGGAUCCCCACUGGCUAGCUGCGAUGCAGGAGGAGUUCGACGCCUUACAGCGCAACCGCACGUGGCAGCUUAUUCCGCGACCCCCUCGUGCCAACAUCAUCUCUGGCAAAUGGGUGUUUCAUCUGUCUACACUGGGUACCAGCACGCAAACCCACUGUUUGUUGCCGCUUCUAAACUGGCUAAGAUCUAAACCAAUUCAUGCACGUAAAUAA